CCACAUUCUCCCUCAUUCAUUAUUGUCCUCUUAAAUUCCCUUCAUUGAGAGUUCUCGCAUUUCCACCUACUGAAGCUCUUUCUUUCAAGAUCGAGCUUCGGAAAAGUUGAGAAAGCAUUUGUGAAAUAACAGUUUCUCAGAUCCUUGAGAAAAGUUUGUGUUAUUUGUCGAAAUAACUUCAAAAAUAAUAAGCAUGGCAAGCGCGUUGCAGCUUCAUGUGGUUAAAGGAAACCUCGCUGUGACAUUAAUGAGAAGCUUGCAUUUGCAUAACCAACAACCUAUGUUGUUGUCGUCACAACGAAGAAUAGGGUUUUCAUUUUCAGCAUUUGAUGCUCCUUUUCCAAGGCUAUGUUCUGAAAGAGGAAUUUGGAGUAAUAAGGUGGCAUUCAGUAGUGUCACGUGCAAGGCAACAACGGCAAGAAGCGAUGUGCUUGAGAAGCACGUGACUGAGGAUGAUAACAAUGAGAAGUUUAGUGAAAGUGAAACCAGUUUCACUUGUGUUAUGAAAUUUGGUGGAUCCUCUGUGUCUUCUGCAGAGAGGAUGAAAGAGGUUGCGAACCUUGUGCUAAGCUUUCCAGAAGAGAGGCCUAUUGUUGUUCUCUCUGCUAUGGGAAAGACAACUAAUAAGCUUUUGCUGGCUGGAGAAAAAGCUGUUAGUUGUGGUGUUACUAAUGUCUCUAGCAUUGAUGAGCUUGGCUUUAUAAAAGACCUGCAUCUCAGGACUGCGGAUCAGCUUGGAGUGGAUGGAUCUGUUAUUGCAAAGCAUCUAGAAGAACUAGAGCAACUUCUGAAAGGGAUAGCCAUGAUGAAAGAGUUGACUAAACGGACUCAAGACUAUUUAGUUUCCUUUGGAGAAUGCAUGUCCACUAGGAUCUUUGCUGCAUAUCUUAAUACAAUGGGUGUCAAGGCUCGCCAAUACGAUGCAUUUGAGAUGGGUUUUAUAACAACUGAUGACUUCACCAAUGCGGACAUUUUGGAAGCAACUUAUCCGGCUGUUGCUAAGAGAUUGCAUAGUGAUUGGGUUUCUGAUCCUGCAAUUCCAAUUGUUACAGGCUUCCUUGGAAAGGCUCGGAAAUCAUGUGCAGUAACAACACUAGGUAGAGGAGGCAGUGAUUUGACAGCUACAGCAAUUGGGAAAGCACUAGGAUUGCCUGAGAUUCAGGUAUGGAAGGAUGUUGAUGGUGUCCUAACCUGUGAUCCAAAUAUAUACCCACAAGCAGAACCUGUCCCAUUCUUGACAUUUGACGAGGCUGCUGAACUUGCUUACUUUGGUGCUCAGGUUCUGCAUCCACAGUCUAUGAGACCUGCUAGAGAAAGUGAUAUUCCUGUUAGGGUUAAAAAUUCCUACAACCCUAAAGCUCCAGGUACUCUGAUAACCAAGGCAAGAGAUAUGAGCAAGGCAGUAUUAACAAGCAUUGUUUUAAAGCGUAAUGUGACCAUGUUGGAUAUAGUGAGCACCCGCAUGCUUGGUCAGUAUGGUUUCCUUGCUAAGGUGUUUUCAAUCUUCGAAGAUUUAGGCAUAUCAGUUGAUGUUGUAGCUACAAGUGAAGUCAGUGUUUCCUUGACAUUGGAUCCAUCAAAGCUAUGGAGCAGAGAACUAAUUCAGCAGGAACUUGACCAUGUUGUUGAAGAACUAGAGAAAAUUGCUGUGGUGAAUCUCCUGCAGAAUAGAUCCAUCAUCUCUCUCAUUGGAAAUGUUCAGAGGUCAUCCCUGAUAUUGGAGAAGGCAUUUCGAGUUCUUCGAACCCUUGGUGUCACUGUUCAAAUGAUCUCUCAGGGUGCAUCUAAGGUGAACAUCUCAUUGGUUGUAAAUGAUAAUGAAGCAGAACAGUGUGUCAGGGCUCUCCACUCAGCAUUCUUUGAGAGUGAGCAAUCAGAGUUAGAGAAAGAAUACAGAAAUGGGAAUGGUUCUGUUGCCGAAUUAUCUUAAAGACACGUGGGUUCAAUUCUUUGUAGUUGAGAUACAUUCCAAUCUGAAUUUCUAAUGUCAACCAAGCAUUUUUCAAUUCCUUCUAACCUUGUGCAUUGAGAUGUAGAACAGUGUAGUUUACGGGAAGAUAAAUGAUGGUUGGGAGGAAUGACGAAGUAUUAGUGUAUACUAGUCCUGAUAUUGCUAGAGAGUAGAUCUUUGUAUUCUUCGUAGCUGCCUCCAAAGGGGCUAACCAGCUGCAAGCAAUUAUUAUUUAUUAUAUUGUUAGAAAACAUUCCAUGCAAGAAGCUCCAAGAGUUCCCUUCACGUCUGCCCAAUUGAAAUGUAGCAUAAGGUUGUAUUUGGAGAUAUUAGCAUGCAUGUAAUCGACUUUGUUA